AUGUCCCACCUAGGAUCCAACAAGAUUCUCGAAAAGAAGUAUCUCACUGGCAAAAUCGCCGUCGAGCUUUGCCCGCAGGGAACAAUAGCCGAGAGGAUACGAGCUGCUGGCAGUGGCAUUCCGGCCUUCUUUACACCUACUGGCGGGCGUACGUUCAUCCAACAAGGCGAGAUUCCCGUUCGCCAUGACGCCGACGGAAAUGUGGUCGAGUACGGCAAGCCCAGAGAAACGAGGAUCUUCAACGGUCGACCGUUCCUGAUGGAAACCGCUCUACCGGGCGACGUAGCUAUCCUGCGCGCAUGGAAGGUUGAUAAAGCUGGAAACUGCGUCUUCCGCUACACGGCCAAGGGCUUUGCGCCGUUGAUGGCCAAGGCCGCAAAGGUGGCCAUCGUCGAGGCGGAGAACAUUGUUGAGAUUGGUGAGAUUGACCCCAACGACGUAGACCUUGCUGGAAUUUUCAUCGACCGCAUUGUACCGGCUACGAAACCAUCUCAGGUCGAGGUUCUCAAGACGCGGUCGCGAGACGAUGGUGGUGAUGGAAACCAGACGAAGGCAGCCAAGUCAGGGGGCUCGGAUGCGCAAGAACGGAGGAACAGGAUUGCUAGGCGUGCGGCGAAGGAGCUAAAACAUGGAUUUUAUGUUAAUCUCGGGGUCGGUAUCCCAACUUUGGCUCCAGAGUUCUUGCCGCCUGGACAUCAAGUUUGGAUCCAGUCUGAGAAUGGUAUUCUGGGAAUGGGUCCGUACCCCUUGCCCGACAAAGUUGAUCCCGAUAUCGUCAACGCCGGCAAAGAAAGCGUCACCCUCGUCCCAGGCGCCGCCACCUUUGACAGUUCCGAAUCCUUCUCCAUGAUCCGAGGAGGCCACGUCGACGUUUCCAUCCUCGGAGCGCUGCAGGUCAGCGCGGCUGGCGAUCUAGCAAACUAUAUGAUUCCCGGAAAGAUGUUCAAGGGAAUGGGCGGUGCUAUGGACCUGGUGUCUAAUCCGGACAACACCAAGAUCGUGGUGGCUACCGAGCAUGUUGCCAAGGAUGGGUCGUCCAAAGUGGUGCAGAGCUGCAGCUUGCCGCUGACGGGUGCGAGGGUUGUCAGCACCAUCAUCACUGAUCUGUGCGUUUUUGAGGUUGACCGGAAGAAGGGUACGCUCACCUUGGCGGAGAUUGCGCCGGGGGUAGAUGUUGAGGAAGUGAGGAGCAAGACGGAUGCAGUGUUUUCAGUGGCAGAUGACUUGAAGACGAUGGAAUAG